GGCUCUGGGGUGGCGCGCCUGUCGCCUGUUCCGCUGCUGUACCAGUCAUGUCCAGAGAGCUGCACUGACCCGCUCUGACCGGGAACUGUGCGAAUGGACAUUUUACCGACAACCUCCAGGACUAUAAGGACAUACAAGGUGAAGACGGACCUGCACAUCUGAGGAGCCAUGGGACGCAGAGUUGGCUGAAGCAGAAAGUCUAGCAGCGCACCAACUGGUUUCGCCCGGUGGAUGUCAUGGCCACUGCGUCAUUGAGAGCAGAGUCCAGCCACAGCCUCAGAGGAACCUCACAGCUCCAUGCCACCGUUUCCUGUGCCAAAAUCAAGAGGAAGAAGAGUCUGUUUGGGGCGUCCGUCUACGUGGAGGCCUCAGCUGACGGAGAGUCUCAACGAACAGCCAAGUCCCACAGCUCCUCCAACCCCAAAUGGGAGGAGAGGCUAACCCUAAAUGUAACUCCACACUCUCAGCUGGACUUUAAAGUCUGGAGCCACAACACUCUGAAGGCCGAUGCUCUUCUGGGCAGAGCCUCACUUGACCUGAUGCACACGCUCGAGCAGCACGACAGAAAAUUGGACAAUGUGAAAGAGGUGUUGAAGCUGAGCGUGGAGCAGAAAGGGGCCAUGGUUCAGACUGGAGAGCUCACAGUGAUCCUGCACGGUCUGAUCCUGUCUGAACAGAACCAGCUUACUCCCCUCAUCAAUGGCAACGCGGCCAACAGCAGUGCGCCCAACGGCAGUGCAGCCAAUGGCAACGCGGCCAACGGCAAAGUCCAACAAAAUGGUGACGCCAUCCAUGAAAACGGAGAAUCCUCCUCUUCAAGGGCUGCAAACAGUGUAAUGAAUGGUACAGAGUUUGGGGUCAGAUCUGGCUCGGUCUCCACCUCCAACAGUGUGGACAGUGGCGCCCCUUCCAGUUCAUGCAGUCCUGCUCUGGGACACACCCUGAACGGAGACUCUUCCCACAAAAGCACCCCCACACACCAGCCCUCCGACAGUGACAAUGACAGCAGGACGGUAAAUGGGGAAUCCUGCGACGCUGUUCCCGGGUCAUCUUGUCCAAACACUGGUGAUGCUCCCCCUGUUGCCGGCUCAGAGAACUGCACUUCAGACACUGUACCAGCAGGGGGCUCCACAAACAGCACAUCCUCCUCUGCACAGGCAUGUUCUGCUGCUGCUGCCUCUGCCUCCUCUACAAACCCCUCCACUUCCACGGCAGUAGGGGGCACCACCAACAACACAUCCACUCUGUCCAGUUUGUCGCCAGCGCAGGGAGAAGCAAACACGGCGGGAGGGGCCGGAGGGGGCAACACAACCACCACUGACGCAGCUAAACCCCGACAACAAGGAGCCAAUGCAGCUGGAGCAGACCCUCUACCACCGGGGUGGGAGCAGAGAAAAGACCCUCAUGGCAGAACGUACUAUGUCGACCAUAACACAAGGACUACUACAUGGGAGCGACCACAGCCUCUGCCUCCUGGGUGGGAGCGGCGUGUGGACGAUCGGGGCCGGAUCUACUACGUGGACCACAACACGCGCACCACGACCUGGCAGCGCCCCACCAUGGAGUCUGUGCGCAACUUCGAGCAGUGGCAGAGUCAGCGCAGUCAGCUGCAGGGAGCUAUGCACCAAUUCAACCAGAGAUACCUCUACUCUGCGUCCAUGAUGUCUGCAGAGAAUGACCCUCUUGGCCCUCUACCUCCAGGAUGGGAGAGACGCGUGGACUCCAAUGACAGAGUAUACUUUGUUAACCACAACACAAAGACAACACAGUGGGAAGAUCCUCGAACCCAAGGGCUACAGAAUGAGGAUCCACUGCCGGAGGGGUGGGAGAUCCGCUACACGAGGGAAGGGGUCCGAUACUUUGUGGAUCAUAACACACGUACCACCACCUUCAAUGACCCCCGCACUGGGAAGUCCUCUGUCACCAAAGGGCCUCAGAUCGCCUACGAGCGCAGCUUCAGAUGGAAACUGGCUCAUUUCAGAUACUUGUGCCAGUCCAACGCUCUCCCCAGCCAUGUCAAGAUCACUGUCUCCAGGCAGACGCUGUUUGAGGACUCGUUCCAACAAAUCAUGGCCCUGAAGCCGUACGACCUGAGGAGGAGACUGUACGUCAUAUUCAGAGGAGAGGAGGGACUCGACUAUGGAGGCCUCGCGCGGGAGUGGUUCUUCCUGUUGUCCCAUGAGGUGCUGAAUCCGAUGUACUGUCUGUUUGAAUACGCCGGGAAGAGUAACUACUGCCUCCAAAUCAACCCCGCCUCCGCCAUCAACCCGGACCACCUCUCCUACUUCUGCUUCAUAGGACGCUUCAUCGCUAUGGCACUUUUUCAUGGAAAGUUCAUCGACACUGGGUUCUCAUUGCCUUUCUACAAACGAAUGCUCAACAAAAAACUCAUUCUGAAAGACCUGGAGUCCAUCGACCCCGAAUUCUACAACUCCCUCAUCUGGAUCCGAGACAACAACAUCGAGGAGUGCUGUCUGGAAAUGUACUUUUCUGUCGACAUGGAGAUUUUGGGGAAAAUCACGUCCCACGACCUCAAACCGGACGGCGCCAACAUCCUGGUCACUGAGGAGAACAAGGAAGAGUACAUCAGCCUGAUGGCAGAGUGGAGGUUUUCCCGCGGUGUGGAGGGUCAGACUAAAGCCUUUUUAGACGGGUUUAAUGAAGUGGUCCCUCUGCAGUGGCUCCAGUACUUCGACGAGAAAGAGCUGGAGGUGAUGCUGUGUGGGAUGCAGGAGGUGGACCUUCAGGACUGGCAGAGGAACACUGUGUAUCGACAUUACACCAGGAACAGCAAACAGAUUAUAUGGUUCUGGCAGUUGGUGAAAGAGGUGGACAAUGAGGUGCGUCUGCGUCUCAUGCAGUUUGUCACAGGGACCUGCAGGUUACCGCUCGGAGGAUUUGCUGAGCUCAUGGGAAGUAACGGGCCUCAGAAGUUCUGCAUUGAAAAAGUGGGGAAAGACACGUGGCUGCCCAGGAGCCACACCUGUUUUAAUCGCCUGGACCUCCCUCCUUAUAAAAGCUAUGAGCAGUUAAAGGAGAAACUUCUUUUCGCCAUCGAAGAGACUGAGGGAUUCGGCCAAGAGUAGCUCCCACCCCAAGACCUGCCCCUUCACCUGCCCCUCACCCACCUCAGCCUCGACUCAAAAACUAAACAAACAAUUGCACAAGAUUAAUCACCAAUGUAUAUAAGCUAUUUUUCUCAUUUUUAAACCAAAAUCUUAAUUUGCAGCAUAGAUUGAAAAAAGUCUUUCCCCUCUCCCUUCUUUCUUCAUGAAAUAUGCAAGCAUCAACGUUAUAGAUUUUUAAGAUGCCCCCUACUGGCUGGCUUUUUAAUAGACUGAUUAUGGGGAGAUUUUAUAAAGAGAUCCUCUUUUACGGCUCUAGUUCUAUAGGGCUAUUAAAAGGUGAGUGGAUGUGAGUAAGUUUGUGCCUAAAAUAUUUUCGUUUUCAUUCAUUGCUCAUUUGUGCUCGCAUGGCUGCCUAUAAAAAAGACUGUUUCAAAUACAUUUCUCAUACAACUCCAGUUUAAGCUUUUAAUUUGAAAAAACAGUGUUUUUAAUGGACUUGGAACUACGCAAGACCCCUUUAUCAAAUGACAGGAGCUCUGUCUGAAGUUUAGUUUUAAACCUUAACAAAAUAACGGGAGCUUAAAGUGGUAUUAUAGUUUUGCUGGCAGUGCACUGAGAAAAAGCUUGGUUUAGUAAAAUAAAUGAUCCACAGAAGGUAGAGGUAGUGUUUUUAUUUAGAUAUUAAUUAAAAAAUAACAAACUUUGCAGAUAGUAGAUGUCUAGAUUCAAAUCUUAUCUGUCAGUGCAAUUACACGCAAGUGAAAAUAUUAACUUGUAUAUAUCUACAUAGAGGUAGGACAUAGCCUGAAAUAUUCCACAAUGCGACAUUAAACUUGUCCUUUUAUUCAAAUAAUAGGUGUUUUUAUGACUUAUUUUUUUAUUACUUAUACAUUAAACAUACAUUAAAAACAUUCUUGCUUGUGCGUCAUGGAGUCAUGCGUUUAAUGCCAUACAGUGGAAUAUUUUAAGCAAAAAUUGUAUCUCUAUGGAGACAAGCAGGUGGCAGACCCUCUAAAAACUUAAUCUAAAUUGACCAACUAUACUUCAAUCAAAUAAUUGUUAAUUUUGACUUGACGGUUAGCUGUUUUAAAAGUGCACUAUGUAACUUUUUAUAACGAAAGUCUGGAACAUUUUUGUCUCCAUGGUGAUGUUAUUGCUUUCCUUAGAAUGUUCCACAGUAUGGUGUUUAUUUAACCUGCAUGUUUUCAAUUGCAUAUAUUAUUGCUGUUAAAACACCUUAAAAACCUGCUUUCUUACUGUGACCGAACUCGCUUCCCACUAGAUCUGACCUGUAACUUGGCCCGUGACGUCACCUGCUUGUCUCCAUGGAGAUAGACAAGUUUAGUGCCGUACUGUGGAGCAUUUUAAGUUUAGCAAUAGCAUCUCCAAGCACAAAGCAGAACAUAGUUACAUAGUGGUUCUUAGAUUAGACCUUCUCUGACGUGUAACUGCACUGACGACGCUUUAAAUACAAUAAUCUUAACAUGCAAACAUUUACCAUCCUACCCAUAUUAUAUCAACAUGUAUUAAAUAAAAAAAAAACAACCUACUGUUAAGAAAUUAUUGCUUUAUCAAACAUGAUUAAAUAAAAUAAAAACAGCCAGCUUUGCACAACCUUCACCUACCAUACGUCUACCUUAAUAAUUAACUGCAUGUAUCUAUAAGUGGCACAGAGCAGCGACCUUCUUGCCAAAAUAUUAUUAAAAAUAUGAAAUAGAUGCAUAUUUUUUGGGUCAGAUAAGAGUUAAGAUGAUAAAGCUGAAGCCACUUUUCUUUGUAGGAUCAUGUGUAGGAAAUCAAAUAUUGUUCUUAAAGGGCCCAUAUUACUCUGUUUUUUGAUCUGUGUCAUAAUGUUGUUUCCUCAUCAAAAAUAUGCCUGGACUUGUGUUUACAUUUACACAUUUAACAAACAAACCCUGUAUAUUUACACUAAUCAAACCCUGGGGAUAGUAUUUAGAUGAAACACUGUGCUCCACCUUUUGAUGUCAUGUGGUAAUACAGGAUAUGCAACACUGUUUUUAAACUCCACACACCUUCACUAGAAUCAUUUGAAUAUUUCAGCCCUGGAAUUGCCAAUCUCUACUGAACUAAAGGGAAAAGGAGCUGUUAACUUAAAAACUACAACUACGUGAGGUCACAGGGUGGAACAGAGCGUUUAAGCUUUGGAAAUGUACACAGACUAAUAAUAAUGGAUUACUCAAGUAUGUGUGAAUGAAACAAAACACAACUCCAGGUCUGUUUUUGAUGAGGUAACAAGGCCACAAGACUCAAGUUUGUGUAAUAUAGGACCUUUAAAUAAUUUGAAUUGAAUCUAUGCAGCUGACACUGUGACUGCAGCUGAGCAGAAAAGCCAUUGACUUUGGCCUGUGUGUUUCUAUGGUAAUAAAAAAAACAUUAAUAAUGUAAUAAUAUUAUUCAACUCCUCCUUUAGUUUUUAUGCAGUUGAAAAUAAGCAGUUAAAAUGAGUCAAAUAUAUUGUAAAAUUGUCAAUAGCCUCUUUUUAACAGACUUUAUAUUGUUAAGUAUUGGCUUCUUUCAGUGUCUUGUCUUGAAGUUAAUUAUGUCAACAAAAUGUGUAACUUGAUGUUGAAAAAAUUGGGAGAGACAUUCAUUGUACAGUUUAAUUCACAAUACUAUGUCAGUGUCAAGUUGUCGUGCAUAAGGGCUACAGCUAUACCACUGAGCCACAGAAUCAGAUUAGACUAGUAUUGUGUAAAUAUAAAGAAUUAAAGCACAUGGUAAAUUGAAUAUACGCUACAAUGUCACCAGGGUAAAUUUUAUGGAUCACGUAUAGUUUAUUAUAUCACAUAACAUCAAAACUGCUUAAUACACAGCAUUAACAUUUGAGAGAAGACUGAAAUAUGAACAACUAAACUAAUACAAGGAUCCCAUGCAUUUCAGAACAUGUUGGUAGAGAUCUAAACUACAGGGUUAACGGGUUUUAUACACAGACACAGGGAGUUUUUGUUCUAACUCAGUUCAAUUGUGAUUACUCUUGUAGCUCUCCUUGUUUUAAUCCCUUUGUCUUUUCUAUCAAGGGUCAUUUUUGGACCAUUUUUAAGCCAGAUGCCCUCCCUUUCACAACAAGCCACACAGCGACUGGAUUGGCCAAUGAAAUGUGUAAAAGAGGCUAUUGACAGUGAGCUAAACCGACAGUAAAGCCAUACAAAACAUAGGCCAGUAGGUACAGUGUCAUUUUGCACCACUAUCAUUUGUCCAAGGUUUAAAAAUGUUCUAAAAAACAACUACUUUGGUGCUUGUAUUGAUUUAAAGGUGCACUGGGUAACUUUUCUGAAGGGCGAGUUUGCCACUUGCUUAUCUCCAUGGAGAUGUCAAUGCUUUGCCCGGAAUGAUCCUCAUUUUGGUACUAAACUUAUCUUGCGUUUAUUCCGUUUGUGUUGCUGUUUAUUAUCGGUUACUAUGAGUGGACUCGCCUCUCCACAGACCUGACACGUAACUCUACUGGCAUGACUGGCUCGUCCCCAUAAGGAUACAGCAGACAAGUUUCACGCCAUACCGUGGAACAUUCCAGGCAAAGCAAUAACAUCUCCAUGGAGACACGUCAGUAGAAAUGUUACACAGUGCAGCUUUAACGACAGUAUUUUUUUCAUAUUUUCAGACCACUUCGAAGUAGAAACUGCAGCGAUUUCUUUGUGUAAAUAUAUAAAAUAUCUAUUAGAUGAAAUUGAAUGGACAGCACUGUAGCAAACGGGAGGUCACUUCUGAUUCACUAACUGUGCUUCCUCUGGGUCAAAUCAACUGUGUAUGUGAAUAUUCAAUGUAUAAAAAGAAUUGAAAAGUACUUAAUAUUAUAAUUAUGACCGAAACGCCGCUCCAUUGAUGGGAAAUCUGUGAUGCCUUUGUUUCUAUCAAAUUACUGCAAGUGUUUCAGACUGCAGUGGUCCUGGUCUGCCACUAGAUGGAGUAAAGAAAUUGUAUUUUUUUUUAUGUUUUGAUGAAUGGAUCUUUUGAGCAGAGGUCGGUUGUCGGUUACUUGAGUAAUUCUGUACUACUAGUUCCCACACAUCAUUAUUUUACUUCUACUUGAGUAAUACAUUUUGCAGUACUCUUACUUGAGUAAAAGUUGUGGUUACUCUUCUCACUGUGAGCAAGUCUACAAGUGACAAAAGCUUUAUGUCGACAACAUGAAAUGAUUUGAACAUCUUUUUCUUGCACUACUUCAUCAGAUGAUUUGAUUUUUUCAAUUGUUUUGGUCUAUCCUUUGAAGGGCAAAAUAUUAAAUCAAUAACUAAACCUGGUAUCUUAAAAUUCUGAUCAAAUUAUAAGUCAGAUGUUAUAUCCAUCCAGUUACUCUACCCACCUCUGCUUUUGAGACUGACUGUACGGAUGUCACUAUAUAAUCUUGACCCCAAUCCCUUAAAAAAGAAAAAAACUAAACAUUGACAGCAUAUUCUUGGUAGUUCUAAGCUUUGUCUAUGGUCACACUUGCCUUGGGGCAGACUAACAGAAUUGUGGCUGCUGUUCUGUACCUUUUGGCACACUGCAUCAUUCAUACAGUGACAAAAGUUAUCGAAAAUACUCUUGUUACUUCAAAAUGAAAUACAAGUGUCUGAGUGAAAAGUGAUAUUCAGGUGUAGUAACUAUGUAAUUAAGGGGAAAGGGUUAAAGUUUUAAUAGUUACUAAGGCUGAAUCGUUCUUUAAUCGGUCUUUAAUUUGCCUUAAAAAGCAUGAACAGUGUAGUUAUAAUAAAGUGUUACCUUUUUUUCUCUGUGCGUAUUAAAGUGGUUAAAAGUAAAUGGUUUAAACAGUGUUGACCAGGACUAAGGCAGGUGAAACACUUCAGUCUGUAACAUAUCGCUGUAGAUACACACUGUACAGAGCGCCCCCUACUGCUGACGAUGUGUAUAGAAGAUUCAUUUUUAAUCUGCUUUUGCCCAUUUCAAAUAAAGAGAGAUGGAUUUAUGAAAUACAAAUAAAAAAACAUGGAUAAAU